AAUCUCUCAAAUUUAUUCAAACUCUUCAAAGUCUGCAGUCAAGUUGUGUUUUAUAAUUUUCGUUUUUCUUUACGUAAACUUGAUAUAAAUUGUCUUGGUGUUGUUAAGUAAUAUAUAUAUAUUUGUGCAAGUUUUAUAUAAAUAAGAAUAAAAUGAAGCCGGUAAAAAAUCAACAAUCUGAGGACGAGGAUAUGUCCGAGGAUGAGGAAGCUGCAUCGCCAGCUGCUUCCGAAGAAGAUGAGGAGCUGAGUCAAGAGGAGGAGGAGGAGGAGGAAGAGGAGAUGGAGAAGGACAAGGAGAUGGAGGCUGAGGAAAACUCUGCAUCCGAGGAUUCACUAGAUGGUGAUAAGGCAUCCGAUCGGCAUCCCUAUCCCACUCCGCCGCCCGAUGAUGGAUCCAAAAUGGCGCCGCUCGAUCUUCUCGUUAAAUCCCAGAAAAAAGUAAAGUCAGAGGUUACGAAAAAGAAGUUACCCUUCAUCGACUUGGCCAUAAUGGCAAUCGAAAAUCUUAAGGAUCGUUCGGGAUCAUCGUUAAGGGCCAUAAUGAAGUAUCUAAGGGAAAAUGGUUAUCCCUGGGAGGAUGAGAAGCGCCAAAUACGGACAAUGAGCAGAGCUCUCAAGAUGGGCGUGGCCACUGGCAAACUGGAGAUGGUGAAGCUAUCCUAUAAGGUGACCCAAGCCACAAAGACGGCCAGCAUUGAGAAAAUGAAGCAGGCCAAGGAAAAGCAAAAAGAGAAGCUAAAGAAAUCCAAGGCCCAGGAGAAAGAAAAGAAGAAGGCCAUGAAAAAGAAGACGGCUAAGAAGGCUGUAAAGGGUGAGGCAAAAGCGGCAGCCAAAAAGGAAAAGCCAGGCAAGCCAUCUGAGAGGAAAACCAACCAGGCCACCAAAAAGAAGAAAACCGAGAAUGGUACCAAAGAUGUUCCACCAAAGGCUAAGACUGCCGCCUCGGUUGCCGCCAGAGCUCUGCUGGAUACACCAACUAACGAUGAAAUGCCAGUAAAAAAGGCGGCCAAGGCCAAGGCCAAGGCAAACUCUUCCGAGGCGGGAAAGUCCAAAAAGCCGCGUAAAUCUAUAGGAACCCUGGCUCAAACCAAAACCACCGUGCCGAAAGUGAAGGCGGUCAAGAAACUAGUGGCUGCCAAGACUGUGUCCAGCCUAGAUAAGGCGGAUGUUGGGAAAUUAUCAGAGGCCCAGGCCACAUCCACGCCCCAAGCAGCACCUUCGAAGGGAAGGACCAAGCGCAAAUUGUGAUUUAUUUAUUCAAAAUCAAUUUUGUUAAUUUGUUUACUUAAACUUUAUUCUUUUGGGUUUCUGUAUAAGUUUAAAUAUAAAGAAAAUACUGUAAUGCCAAUGAAAAA